GCUACGUGUAAGGGGAAGGUUUCGAUGUGCUGGAGGGUAUAUAUGUGGGAGAAUGUAAGAAGUACAUUGUCACUGUCACAACAGUUAACUGGUGUGCCUUGUGAACCGUCUGGUGAGUUGAAUAUUCCUGAACAAUGAAUGCCCAGAAGAAGAUGAUGGAAGCUGCCUUCGCAGCUGGAACAAGCGCCGGUGGUGCAACAGAUACAGAUGGGUUAGCAAAGGUGAUACUGAAGGUGGAGAACGCCGUUGACCCAGACUGGCCCGCUACAGUAAAUACCGUAGUGCUGGUUCCUCCGGGAAGUUCUGUCUACCACAUGCUACUGCAGGCAUUCAAAGACGGCAAGAUCGCGUUUAACGCCAGUUGGUACGGCCAGUACUGGUCCCACUUCAUCGAUUCCCUCAACGGCUUGAAGAACCAAGGGUUUAACUAUUGGAACUUCCAGGACGGGGAGGGAAAUGAAUUCGAUCGCGGGGUGGACCUGAUCUCCGUGUACGAUGGGGACGUCAUCAAGUUUCGCUACGUCGAAUAUUCGCUAUCAUUUGAGUAAACACAGCGUUGGUUGCUUCGAACAGAUCCUUUGGUAGAUCCAAAGUCUUAACUAACUUGGCCAAUUGAUACUGUCUGGUCAUUUUGAUGGUAUUAUCGUGAAAGUCCAUCUGUGUUGGUAACGUCAUUAUGCCGUAAGUUACUUAAGUUCGUGCUUAAGUUACCUUAUUUUAAUUUGCCCCUUGAUUGUACAUAAGUUUUCUUCAGUGAUUACUUUAUGUUGCAUUAUAUUGUUAUUAUUUUAUUGUGUUUGGGGUUUUGCCCCCCAGGGUGCAUUGAAAACCGCCCUCCUGGGCGAUAUGUUUCUCUGGUUAAUAAACAAUAAACACACAAGCAAACAAGUUUGAACCGUAAUUUCCAACACAAAGAAUUGCACUGAACCAAAGUUUCGACUAUACGAAUUCAGUCAGGGAAUGAGCAAUCUGCAUAGCGUGACGUCACGGAAGCGGUGGAUUUCUCAUUCCUUUCCAAAGACUGGAGUUGUACCACAAAAAUGUGCGGGUAAGUCCAAUUCUUUGUGUUGGAAAUUACAGUUUAAACGGCAUAAUUUGAUGGUGUCUUGUCUGUUAAGAUCUGCUAAGAGAUUAAGUACUGGCUUCUGCGCGCGAUGACGACAGUUAGUCUCAACUCCCUCCGGCAGAACACUGCAUUAAUUUCCUUUACUACCAUUGUAAAGUUCGAUGCUCUUUAGAAAGUAAACAUUACCCAACUUAACUGGCAUUUACUACCAUUGGUAAGUCCAACUUUUCGUGCAGUGGAAGGAUCAACGAAUCGCCAUUCAACAUUCUUAAAUUUCACACACUUUGCAUAGACUGCUUUCUCAGCACUCGUAAUUGCAUGUACUGGUCUGUGUCAUUGGAACUAUAGAACACAUUUACAUCCAUACCAAAUAGGAUGUGGUUAGAAAAGUCAUAUGUCAUCAAGAAUUUGUUAUCUCUUGUCAGUCCCUGGUCAUUGGUUCCUUUUGGCACAUUAAAUAGCGCAAUAAGCUAUGGUGGAAAAUAAAUCACAUUGUGCUAUA